CGGAGAGCCGAGCCGCUGCAGCUGCCGCGGCUGCAGAGAAGGCUUGAGCGGUGGGGAGGUGGGUCCCCGCGCCCCGGCGCUGGGGCAGCCGCAGGGCCCUCUCCGAGGCCUAAGGCGCGACUCACAGGGAGGAGGUGGCGGCUGUGGCGGCGGGAACGACGACCUUGGCCAGACGGGAGUCCGCGGUGCACGCAGGGCGGAGGCCGAGCCCCGCCAAGAGUCUUUGCCGAGCCGGAGGGAGGCGCAUCUGGCGCUUCGCUCCCAGCGGCAGCCGGGGGGCUCGAACGGCUGGAGAGCGCAGUGGGAGCUGGGAAGAGCUAACCCGUCCGGAGGGCGGACCCCCGCGUCCCAGAGCCCGGGCUCAGGCACGGCGGGGGGCGAAGCCACGCGUCUUCUCGGACAGCCGGUUUCACGCGCGCCAGUUUGCUGUUCCAGGUAUCCCAGUAGGCUGUAGCUGUAUCCCAGGCGCGGCUGUCUUGAAGGCGCGGAGCUAAACCCUCUGCGUCCGGGCCCCCUCCCCAGACCCAGCCUUGCAGGGACCGGGGUUUCGGAGCUCUCGGACCCAGCGGCCAGGCCAGAUCUGGAGCUCGGAGGAGCGCGAGCCCCACCCUAAACAGAGAGCGCCGCUCUGAGAGCCGGGAAGAGGUGCCGCGCUCCAGAGGUGGUGUCGUGGGCGCCGUCCUAGUGGCGGGGAGCGCACGGCGGAGGGGACAUGAGGUCGGAGAAAUCCCUCACGCUGGCGGCGCCGGGGGAGGUCCGUGGGCCGGAGGGGGAGCAACAGGACGCGGGAGACUUCCCGGAGGCCGGCGGGGGCGGGGGCUGCUGUAGUAGCGAGCGGCUGGUGAUCAAUAUCUCCGGGCUGCGCUUCGAGACCCAACUGCGCACCCUGUCGCUGUUCCCCGACACGCUGCUGGGAGACCCUGGUCGCCGCGUCCGCUUCUUCGACCCCCUGAGGAACGAGUACUUCUUUGAUCGCAACCGGCCGAGCUUCGACGCCAUCCUCUACUACUACCAGUCCGGGGGCCGCCUGCGGAGGCCGGUCAACGUGCCCCUGGACAUCUUCUUGGAGGAGAUCCGCUUCUACCAACUGGGGGAUGAAGCCCUGGCGGCCUUCCGGGAGGACGAGGGCUGCCUGCCAGAAGGUGGCGAGGACGAGAAGCCACUGCCCUCCCAGCCCUUCCAGCGCCAGGUGUGGCUGCUCUUCGAGUACCCUGAGAGCUCAGGCCCCGCCAGAGGCAUCGCCAUCGUCUCCGUGUUGGUCAUCCUCAUCUCCAUCGUCAUCUUUUGCCUGGAGACCUUGCCCCAGUUCCGUGCAGAUGGUCGAGGUGGAAGCAAUGGUGUGAGCAGAGACUCCCCAAUUUCCAGGGGUAGUCAGGAGGAAGAGGAAGAUGAAGAUGAUUCCUACACUUUUCAUCCUGGCAUCCCGCCGGGGGGAAUGAUGGCAGGGGGCUCAUCCUCACUCAGUACUCUUGGGGGCUCUUUCUUUACUGACCCCUUCUUUCUGGUGGAGACCUUGUGCAUAGUUUGGUUCACUUUUGAGCUCCUGGUUCGCUUUUCUGCCUGCCCUAGCAAGCCAGCCUUCUUCCGCAACAUCAUGAACAUCAUUGACUUGGUGGCCAUCUUCCCCUACUUCAUCACCCUGGGCACUGAACUGGUGCAGCAGCAGGAGCAGCAGUCAGCCAGUGGAGGGGGUGGCCAGAAUGGGCAGCAGGCCAUGUCCCUGGCCAUCCUCAGGGUGAUCCGCCUGGUCCGGGUGUUCCGCAUCUUCAAGCUGUCCCGCCACUCCAAGGGGCUGCAGAUCCUGGGCAAGACCUUGCAGGCCUCCAUGCGGGAGCUGGGUCUGCUCAUCUUCUUCCUCUUCAUCGGGGUCAUCCUCUUCUCCAGUGCCGUCUACUUCGCAGAGGCUGAUGAUGAUGAUUCACUCUUUCCCAGCAUCCCGGAUGCCUUCUGGUGGGCAGUGGUUACAAUGACCACGGUAGGCUACGGAGACAUGUACCCCAUGACGGUCGGGGGCAAGAUCGUGGGCUCGCUGUGUGCCAUCGCUGGGGUCCUCACCAUCGCCCUGCCUGUGCCGGUCAUUGUCUCCAACUUCAACUACUUCUACCACCGGGAGACGGAGCAGGAGGAGCAAGGCCAGUAUACCCAUGUCACUUGUGGGCAGCCUGCACCAGACCUGAAGGCAGCUGACAGUGGACUUGGCAAGCCUGAGUUCUCUGAGACCACUCGGGAACGGAGACCCAGCUACCUUCCCCCUCCGCAUCGGGCUUAUGCAGAGAAAAGGAUGCUCACUGAGGUUUGACUGAUGCAGGAAGGGCAUCAAUGAGAAGGACGGCACUGAGCAAACAGUCUCAGGCUUCCUUCUCAUUCUCCACUCCCUUCACCCGACCUCCAGCCGACUUCCUGACUCCCUCCCCUGCACUCAGUCCUGAUACCUGGACUGUCAGCCUUGUUGCUUGAUUUCCGCAGCAUUCAAGGUUCAUCCAUCUAAGUGACAUUUUUGAAAUUCUAACGGUGCCACCCAUUCAUGCCCAUCUUCUGUCAUGUGGAUGAGAUUUCCGUCUGACCUUCCCUCAUGACUGUAAAUUUUCAUGUCUGGGGCUUGGAAUUCUCUAGGAACAAAGAUGUCAACCGGAUGGAAACCAAGCAUACCUGGGUCCUAUUUCUCUCCUUAGCGUCCUUUGCUUUGGGGCAUGCACCUGUCAGCUUCUGGCUAGGUGGUAACUAGCAGAAGCUGGAGGACAGAAACAGUGUUCAUCUUUCUGUUUUAUUCCCGUGCCUGUGACACCUGCUAGUCAUCCUUCAGAGGACCCUUGGUAAAGCCUUUAGCUGCACAGCCUCCAGAUAUGUCAUUCAUCUUGAAUCUUGGAAGGAAUUAGAGAAACUACAGUUAAACUUGGCCAUUUGGAGGCCAUGAGAGUCAGUCCCAGACCAAAGGGGCCAAUGGAUUCUUCCAGGUGUCCUGGCACGGUGGACAUCGGCCUUUGGUCUGCAUUCAGUCUUUCCCUCCCCGACUGUCUAGCUUCCAGGAAGGUUCCUUCUCAGAGCCAAAUACUCUUUUUGUGCAAGUGCCUUCCUGUGCAGAGGAACUGGAAAGAGGGAACCACAGAGCCAGGAGAAAUGGCAACUAGCUUGACGGAGUAUCUACAGAGUUAGUACCAGUUAAGCAGCCACUGUCAUCUGGGAGGCGUGCAAAGAGGAUCCUUGUUGCAGAUGGCAAGUUUGUCUUCUUUGCUUGCCCCCCAACCCUCUCCAGCACCCCACCCUCCUUCUUCCUGGGAAUUUGACUUAGGAUUGCAGUUGAAGGUUUUCCAAAGCAAACUCCAGCUUACACCUGCAGACAGGUAAAAGCACACAUUGGAUGCUAGCGUGGGUUUCUUCCUGUUUUAUGUGCAAUGAAAUAGGUUUAGAGUAAGGAAGAAACAUCAUUCCUUUGUUGACAGCCUCACCGUUAGAGGUUUUUUGCUGAGUCAAGCAAACAUUUACCUGGUCUGCCCCUUGAAGCUGCAGCUGACCUGCUCUAACUGGUAAGGUAAUGUUACCACCGGGACUAAGUCAUCCUCUUCCAGCGUGAAACUGCUGCCUUCACCCCCCACCCCCCACUUCCCCCCAUUUCUCUCCUGGUAACAUUGUCAUUUGUUUGUUGCCUUGAAAAACUGUGAUGUACUGUUCUGAGCUCUUCUGGGUGCAGUUCAGAAACCGAAAGGACUGUUAACAUGUUUUUAAUUUUGUAUCUAUGCUUUAAGACUCUUUGAUGAGGAUUUAAAAAAAAAAUUCUCAAAGAGCAACUUAUGAGGGAUGGCCUUUUGAGGGUUUUCUUGAGAGACACUGUGGCUCCUGUGAGUACCAGAUCUAAAUCUGGAUUUUGCCACAGCUUUACAGGGUAACACAGUUCCUCUUUGUGCCUCAGUUUCCCCACCCAUUAAAUGGGAACAUUAAUGUCUUCCCCUCCCUACCUCAUGGGGAAUGUCGAUGUACUGGGAAGCUGGGGAUGAUGCUAUGCAAAUGUGUGAAUUUUAAUAAGGGUAUUGAUUUUUUAGUUCAUUAGCCUGUUUCCUUCCGUGUCUCCCAGAGUCAAAAGCUCCCCGCAGAGUUGCUGCCUUGGAUUCAAAGCCCAAGAGUAGGCCACACUGGGCUAUUAGCUCCUUAAAUCCCUCCUUAACCUCUUGAACUGGGCUUCAGUCUCUCUUCUUACCCUUCAGCAAGGAGGAUGCUCUUUAGACAUGUUCGGUGGGAUCCUUCCAGGGCCAGAGGCCGCCUUGAUUGGGAGUUUGGCUUCUCCAAGCCUGAAAUACAGAUAAGAGGAGUUCAUGACUCAGUAACCUGCUCUGAGGCCAUAAAGUUCCAGUUUUCCAAAUUCCUUCAGUUGCUUCUGGCUAUUUGGGGAAAGGAGAAGGGCCCACUACAGAGGCAAUAGGGAUGCUUCCAGUGAGGGUAAAUGUUGGAACAUGUAUGCAUGUAUCUCUAUAUGUGUGUAUGUGAUCAUCCUCAUCACCAUCCCUAAUGAAACAUUUCCUUUUCAAGUCAGAGCAUGCCUGAAAGUAAAGGGUUUGUGGAGAGCUGGGCUCUCCAGGGACUCUGGUUGCCAUAGCAACCUUCCAGACUGUUCUCUCUAUCUUCUGAUUUGGGCAGCAAGUGAGAAUGGGAGGCUACAAAUUCCCAGUUUCCGAAAUGAGAACACCUCCUACAUAGUGGUUUAGGGGCUGGUAAUGACCGGCAGGAUGUGUGACCUUUGGAAAAUGAGGGGGAUACAUACAGCUCCCCAAAACUUCCUCCCUGGACCUUUCUUCCUGGCCUUCCCACCCAGUCAUCGAAACUGCCUCAUCUCACCCCUGAUUCUUCAGAAAUCUGAAUGCUAAGCAACUGCCAGCUAAACCAAUGUCAGUAUUAUCUCUUUCAAAAUGACAAGGGGAGACUUGGAGGGGACACGCUCCUCAAGAGGCGGCCAGGCUGGGCCUUGCCAAGAGUCCUGACAGUUAUGGUCCGUAACAGUAUCCUGGAGGUCCCGUCUCCUCAGAGAGAGGCUCCUCCCAAGUCCAAGAGAGACGGAGAGAAAUGCCACUUCUUCCUCCCAGGGAAUAAUCUAGCUCCGUUCCUAGCAGUCUCAUAGGUGGCUCUCCUUAAGACAUCGAAGAAACACAGAGAGGCUGUGACCUGACCUAGUUUCUGUGAAGGAUUUUGCCAAGUGAUCCCUCUCUGACUCUGAGCCUCUUUAUGUGGAUUCUGUGCCCCAAUAAUCAAGAGAAUAUGCACCCCGUGCUUCCCAGAUGGCUGGGGUGGCGAUGUCACAGCUGCCGGCAAAGGCAGGGGUCAGUCCUUCGUUACACCUGACUCGAGCCGGCAGGAGCUCCCAAAUGCCUUCCUGGAUCUGGCAGGCACGGCGGAGAUGUGGAAUAGUCCUCCUGCCCUGAUCAUCCCCAAGGAGAGAGUGGGACAGCUGGCCGCCUUUGCAUCUGAGGUUUGCAGGCUCUUUGCCUGGGAAAUUUGUCAUUUCGUCAUUGGACUGUCACCUCAGUGCAGCAGGGACGAGAUUGGAUGUGACUGUCUAGCACAACUCCAUCCCAGAAGCACAUGUUCGCACAUACUAUCUGAAGGGCACUUCCCCUCUCCGAGCUGCUAUGCCUGCACUGUAAGAGCAUCGCUGGGGAAAAGGCUGGCACAGUUGUCCAAACAAGGAGACCUACACAUACAUUUCUGGUAGCGGCUGGACAGAGAGGGCCUGGACACCCAACUUCUCAGGAAGACGAGACCCCUCCUUGGAUCAUGCAGCCUGACAUCUCUCCAGUGGCCUCCCACAAGCAGUGACCAGAUUAGAAAAAGCUGAGACCAGACCUGCCAGCAUUAAAGAUGGGGCCCAGGAUGUUGGGGUGAGGCUGUGGGGGGAAGGUGAAAGGUGGUGGGAGGGUCAAAAAAGACCAUGUAUGGGGAGGUCAGGGUCAAGGGAUCCCAGAAAGUGCAUGGCUGUGCUACAGACCCACCCAGGGAAAGGGUGACCAUGAAGACUAACAAAUAAAUAUAUGACAAAGU